AUGCACAUAGGCACCUCCCUCCAGCACUACUUUCUCGAGGGCAUGUGGUCCCGGCCUGCCGACUCGGCGCCUGACACGCCAGUGGUAUGGCGGCUGGUCAAGUCGCCGCGCCUCCUCACGAUCUUCGCCAGCGGGGCCCUCCUCUUCGAGCUCUCCUUCGCCGUGGCUCCCUUCAGCGGACGCCUCUCGCCGCUCUGGUGCGCCCACGGCCUCGCCUUCCACGCCGGGAUCCUGUGGCUGCAAGGGCUGGACUUCGUGUCGUUCUGGUCCGCCUCGCUGCUCGUGUUUGCCUUCCCGCUCUCCUCCCUCCUCUCCGCCGACUUGCGCCACGCCUUUGAGCAUGAGCCGCUAGAAGACGGAUUCUUGCACGAGCCGCUCUGGCUGCUGCCGGCCGCGCUGUACACCCUGCUGCAGCUUCUGACGGCGGUGUCGCUCUACGACCUCUGGCGCGCGCUCGACGACAUCCUGCCCUUCUCGUGCUGCCCGAUGUUUAUGCCCCCGCGGAGCCCGUUCGACCCGCUCCCAAAGUGGCAAACCAUGACGACCGCGCCGCUGACGGGCAACAAGCUGCCGCAGCGGGUCGUCUGGUUCGGCGCAAAGAUGGAGCAGCUGCUGCAGCUGCAGCAGGCAGGGCUCGACGCGUUUCGCGCGUGCGUGGACAGGCUGCCGCAGCGGACAGCAGGACCACCGGCGGACUGCGGCUUCUCACCCCCGACGGCGGUGCUCAAGGGCGAGUGA